UUUCACUUCUGUUUUGGAUUCCGUAUGAAUAGAAUGUAUUUAUUGUUUAUUCUCGCCUUGGGCGUCAUUGAUCUCAGUUGUGGUCAAGAGUGCAAGAAAGGUUAUUUUAUGAAUCCGAAAAGACGAAAAUGUGAACUAAUACCGCCCACAAAACCGCCACCCAAAUGUCCUACUGGAUCUGUCUGGCUUCCUGCUAAGAACGAGUGUGUCAGGCUACGUCAAAUUAUUAGUGGAUAUUACCCACUAGACCAUGAUAACGCUACGCAAGGCUCAAAUCCAUGUCCCAAGGGCACCAGUUUGUUGGGGAAAAUAUGUGUAAAGGAGUCAGGGAAGAAACCAGGUGCCAAUGGUGCAGGGAGUUCGUUGUUCCUAGAACCGGAGGGUCAAUAUCAAGUAUACAUAGAAGAAAAAAAGACAUAAUGAAUUUGUAAUUGUUUUUACAUCAUUUUUGCUAUUUUAAGACA